AUGACAACAGAGGACAGGGAGAUGAUGGAAGCCCGGGGGGCGGGAGAAAGCUGCCCAACCAUCCCCAAGAUGGUGCCUGAUGACCCCAUGUCUGAAGGGAAGUUGAGGGCUGCUUUGGAGCCAGAGUCCCCUAAGCCAGACUCUUCCUACGACUACCUGGAGGAGAUGGAAACUUGUGAAGACAGAGGCUUCUCAGGGGCGCCUAAGUCGCUGUCCCCCAAGGCUGUCCCCACCGCCAAGGGCCAGGCGGGCGACGGACCUGAACUCACAGAGUGGCCCCUGGCCCAGGGGGCCCCAGGGCCCGCGCGCAGCGCCGAGAUGGAGCUGGAGAAGGCGCGCAUGGAGUUCGAGCUCACGCGGCUGAGGUGCCUGCACCAGGAGAACGAGCGCCAGCGCCUGCACGAGGCGGCCAUGGAGCGGCUGCAGCAGCGGGCGCCGCCCCGCCUGUUCUCAGGAGGCUUCCAGGACCUCUUGCACCCCCAGAACCAGUUUGCCAUGUUCCUGUACUGCUUCGUCUUUAUACACAUAAUCUAUGUCGCCAAGGAGAUGAUCUUCUUUCUCUUCUCCAAGCACUACCUGUUCUGCAUCGCGGCCAUUUUGCUCUGUUUGAUUAAAAUAUUAUGGUCAUACUUCUAA